AUGGAGCCUCACGAUACCUUCAGAGAUGCACUGUACAAGAUGUAUGAGGAAAACAGGCGUGUCCUCAUCCCGAAGGAGCUUUACUUGGAAUCUAUGAACAACUUGCUGGAAGCCUCCAGUACCACUAAGAAGACACCACACCACUGCUACCUCCUGAAGAAGUAUGAACUACUGAAGUGUGGUGACGUUGACAAGUUGAUCAAACGACGCCAGUCAUCAGAGGAAGAUGCACUGUAUUUCGUGACCAUCGAAGAUACGUACGACACUAUCAAGCGCGCUCACCUGGCAACUGGUCGUGGCGGAAGAGAUAAGAUGAUUCAUGAAAUAAAUAAGAAGUAUGCCAACAUCACCAUUGAUUCAAUCUCCCUCUUCAAAUCCAUGUGUACGGUGUGCCAGCGGAAGAGGAAGCGACCAACCAACAAGGGGACCGUUGUCAAGCCCAUUCUUUCCAAGGACUUUAAUUCAAGGGCUCAAGUGGACCUCAUCGACAUGCAGUCAAUGAGUCAAGGCCAGUAUAAGUGGAUCAUGGUUUACCAAGAUCAUCUUACCAAGUUUGUUGUGUUGCGUCCCCCAACGUAUAAACGUGCUUCUGAAGUCGCCUAUCAACAGUUUGAUGGAACCUGCCUGCCUGAGGAUGAAACCGACACCAGUGAUGCUCCCUUCAUCUGUUUCAUCAAUCUCUUCUCACAAGAUAGUGCGCUGGUCAAAUGCCGAUUAAAACAAUCUAGUCAAAUGAAGGCGUGUGUCUAA